AUUCUAACUAGUAACAUAUGCUUACACAACGUUCAACCGCGUCCGGCAGUGUUCCUCUUGCAACGCAAGUUGUUAAGUAGUACUUCACAACCCUAGCAAAACAAGGGGUGAAGUGAUCCGGUUGUGAUAAAGAGCGGCAAUAGCUAAUAUUUAAGUUUUAUUUCUUCAGAAAAGACAAAUAUGAACGUGUCUUUUAUUAUUGCGAGAAUAUAUUGCACUUAAUCAAAUGCUUAAUGGCUGGUUACACAAGGGCGCUUCUCCAUGCCCAAAUCAAGGCUGCCGCCCAAGCGGAAUUCAAACAGCCACAUUGAAGACUCAAGCGUUGUCAUGGCAACGGAGGCUAUAUCUUCAAAUAUUUUUAUGCCAAAGCAUCGUUUAUUAGCUUAAUCAAUAAUCAAAUAUGCUUUCAUUACACCAGAUGAUAUGCGUAUGAAAAUUAUGGCCUACGUUUCCUUUGAUGAUUUUUUAAACAAUCAAAACAUCUUAUUACAGGGUAGACGUUAUAGGAAGACGUGUUUGUUGCUACUCAGGUAUGUACAGCAGAAGUCUUUUGCACUGUCUUUCUCAUCGGGAUCUUCCUUUUGAAAGUACGAGGGAGUGCUGGGAAAAGAAUAAUCAAAGUUAUUUGACACUAAAUGCCUUUUUUAAGGGCAGGUAAUCUUUGACUUGACCUUUGCGAUUGCAAGUGUUUGAACUUAACAAUUCAUAAGUAUUUUUGCAAACUAUGUAAAAUCGGGUUUCACUAAACUUCACCACCAGCGGCACCUCCGCUAAAAAGAGUGCAAAUAAACUUGUAAACAGUAAAAUUGUUUUUAAUCAAGAACUAUAACAUGUUUCAGAUAUUGCUUCUUUUUAUCAAAUACGUCUAAUAUUCAUGUCAAAAUUUGCAUAAUUAAAUUAUAAAUAAUAAUGCUGAUGCAAAAUGGUGUAAAUGAUAGUUCACAAUAUCCUAUUAUUGAAAGAAAAUAACACGCAAAACAUUUGACAGCAGAAGACUAUUGAAUGCAGUUAUGGCGCACGAAUGACAAAACAUGACUAUAUUUAUUUAUUGCUCGUAGCUGGAUCGUAGGGAUUGUGCUAAGUAAAAAGGGGCAUAUAAUGAUUCAGCAUAGCAUAUUUGUUUUAAAUAAUGAUUGUUUUGCAGUAUUGCACAAAAAGUAACAAAAUCCGAACGUCUGGGCCACUGGAAUUUCGGGUUUGUAAGUACAACGUUUUCUUUCAAGUUUGUGGUCUUCGUGAAACAGAAAGUUUGCGAUUUCGAUGUUUCUUACAAACUUUUUUCUUGUAAAAAAAAGUUGGUAAACCGUUAACUCAAAAUUCAUGCUCGGAGGUUUUGUGAAAUCCAAAUUAAGUGUUGGUAAUUAUUUCUUUUGAACUCCAGUUUUUUCGUUGUAAUUACUAACUAUAUUUGUUAGUGAAAGAGGUCUCUGAUGGCAUUCUCUUUCUGUGACAGGCUUCUCGGCCAGCGCCAUUCACUUCCAAGCUUACCUGCUGGAGGGGAUGGUGCGCUGGACCGGGACCGUGCGGACGCCGCAGUCCAGCCACUGGAGCAGCAGCAGCGGCGACCGCGGCUGCACGACGACGCUCUGCAGCACCGCAUCAACGAGCUGGCGGCGCAGGCCUUCAUUGCUGCCCCAAAGUGGCUCUGGAGGAGGGCUACACGCUGGAGGAGUGGCUGGCCGAGCCCAAAACCAAAGAAAUAUUCAAAAAAUCUAAAAAAAGAAACCUCGGCCAACGCUCCUGACGAGCCCGUGCCCCAGGGCCGAAUCCCACGCACCACCCAGUGGAACCGAAGCAAGAGGGAGGCCAACGCCGGCAAAGUCCUAAUGGUUGGCUGAGGCCUGGGCCACCAUCCCGCCAAAGGGAAAGCAGCCAAGGAAAAGGUGACCAAGAAUCUGGCGGCCGGCUCCGUGGCCAACGAGCGUGGCCAGGUCCUAAAACACGGUGCUCACGACCUCCGAGAGCCUGGACGCCCUGGGUCCGCUGGCGGCCGGCCUCGUCGACCGGCCGCUCGCGGCUCCAAGAGCUUCUUGGCGAGUGGCCGGGGCAGGUGGUGCGCCUGGGCGCGAGGCACUAAAUGCGUCGCUUCGCGGUCGGCCUCACCAGCGUCAGCCACCCCCUGUACGGCACUUUUAUGGCACGCCUCUCCUCCUGACUUUUUGAGUGGGACGCCGGCGACGUGGCCCAGUUGGAAGCCGCCAAGCUCGGGCAGCUGAAGGAGGAGGGCGUGGCGGAGCCGACGGCCCACGCAGCUCGCCUGGCCAUCACGAAGAGUGAGCUGGCCCGCCACUGCCGCCGCCGAACAGCCGGCGUCCAGACGACCGUGGACAGGGUGGAGCGGCUCCUCCUGGAGCUGACAGACGCAGCGGACGUCCUCGGCACACCGCUGCUGAACGCGCCCGAGAUGGCCUCCAUCUGGGAGGAGCAGCGGCGGCACGUGGUCUGCCUUCAGGACCCCGAGGAGGCCGCGUGUCCGCCGCUCUACGUGCAGACCGGCACCUCCCGGAUGGGCGGCGUCACCCCGCCGGUCUACCGCUGCGCCCGAGGCACAACGGGGCUGGAGUCCUACCACCUGCACCUCUGCCGGUUCAUCCCAGGCUUCUCGGCCAGCGCCAUUCACUUCCAAGCUUACCUGCUGGAGGGGAUGGUGCGCUGGUACCGGGACCGUGCGGACGCCGCAGUCCAGCCACUGGAGCAGCAGCAGCGGCGACCGCGGCUGCACGACGACGCUCUGCAGCAUCGCAUCAACGAGCUGGCGGCGCAGGUGGGCGUGCCAGCGCUGUUCCCGGGGUACUGGCCGCCCGCCGAGUACACUGGUAAGAAGAACGGGGCUCUCAGUACAGUACAGGGUAAUCAGAAAAUGGACGCCGACGCCGAUCUCGACGCGAUAGCGCGCUCGCAUCCAGCGGCCGCCGAGGUGGACGGCGCCGGGGGCUGUCCGCCCGCUGCCGCCGAGAUGGACGUUCUGGUGCCUGGUCUGGUGUCUGACUCGGAGAUGGACCCGCGGCUGGAGCCGCCGCAACCUGGCUUGGACGGCAGUCUGAGCUGA